UGUGCAUUAUUAUUAGCAUGUUCAAUAAUAUCACCAUAUAUUACAAUACAUGGACAAUUGACUGAAAUGAAUCAUAAAUUGAUAAAAUUAUUAGAAAAUAUUAAAUAUAAUAAACAUCAAAACAAUAUUAAUGAUUUAAGACAAUUAAGAUUUUAUCUAAAUGAACAUACAAGAUUAUCACAUUUUGUUCUCUAUACCGAUAAAAUUACCUGGAGCGAAGCAUUAUAUUAUUAUGCAUUAAUCAGCAUUCCAAUCAAUGUAACAUUAAUGUGCGAAUUAAUUGUUGAAGAUUUGAUGACAGAAACAAAAUUUUUAUUUAUAACAGCAUCAAUAAUACAUGCUGUUACUGGUGCAUUUCCAUUCUUGUUAUUAGCUAAUAUGUCAAAUGAUUUUCAUAAAUUAAAUAAAUAUUUACCUGAAAUGCAAUUACAAUUAAAACGUUCACAACAUUUACGUUUAAAGAUCAAAUAUGAUGAUCUUUAUGAACGUUUAAAUCAUGGUAAAAAAAUUGCCCAUACAUUUGGUACACUUGGUAAUCUAACAUUUCGUGGCCUGUUUGAAGCAUUUUUCGGCUAUAUUGCUGCAUUCUUUUUAAUAUUAAAAGUUUAUAUGAAUGAACGACAAAUUGUCAAUAACAAUCAACAAUGA